AUGGCGGUACCUUCGUUUGGAGCAAAGGGUACAGGGGAUGAGCUGGGGAUGUCAGCGCGUUCGUAUCUUCGGCAGGUUGAAGCUUGGAGCAAGGUUACAAGAACGGAUCCUACGCAACAGGCUUUGCUCCUCUACCAGAACCUGAGUGACAGGGCGUGGGUAGAAUCAGAAGAACUUAAUGUUGAAGAUCUUGCAAGUCCUCAAGGCCUUAAAGUCUUCACCUCCUGGAUUCGUGAGAGAUAUCAAGAGGUCGAGGUGAGCCGUAUAGCAGAAGCAUUGACGCUCUUCUUCAAGAAGAUGAAGAGGCAGGCUGGUCAAUCGAUUCGAGAAUUCAAUUCGGUGUUCGAUAGAGGGCAUUCUCGACUUCUCGAAAUUGAUUGCCGACUUCCUGAAGUUGCUCGUGCUUGGGCUUAUCUCAAUGCUUUGGGAUUGAGCAGUUCAGAGGAACUUUCGUUACUGGCUUCAGUCGGUAACGACUACAGCACAGCAAAGCUCCAGAAAGCUGCUAUCCUCCAUGAGAAGUCACUACGUGGUCCAUGGGUUCCUAGGAACAAGGGGGAUGGUAAGGGUGCUAAGAGUGCCUUCCUGGCUGGAAUCGACAGUGACGAACCUCAACAUGGUCUCGAUGAUGUAAAUGGUGGUGACGAACAAGGCCCUUAUCUCGAUGAGGAAACAGCGGUAGAAAUCCACGAGGCUUUCGUCGCCCAAGAAUCCGCCAAAGCACGAUAUCGUGAUGUCAUCAAAGCCCGUGGAGUUGACCCCGAAACACUCAAGAACGGUAAGAAGGGCACCGAGGAGCCGACCAAGCCGUCUUCAGAUGAGUCUUUGGCGCAGGCUAAGCUCCGAUCUUAUUGUGCAGGAUGUGGCCGUCGCGGGCACUGGCAUAAAGAUGCUGAAUGCCCACUCAAUCGAGCUGGUAACUCCGCCCCUAAGCCCAGGACGACCCAGGACCAUCAGAUCCACGCCACAACUGCCUCCCCAGGACCUCCUGCUGGCAUCGUCGAGGUCGCCUACAUGGUGGGCGAUCUCGGUGGGGAUCGACUUUUGGCAAUUACGGAUACAGCUUGCAGCAAAUCUGUUAUGGGUCAAAAGUGGUUGGAGUCCUACUUGAGGCUUGCAAAGGACACUGGUGUGGACACUCAGUUUCUGGAUUGCCAUGAUGAUUUCCGCUUCGGGGCCUCCAGGUUAUUCCAUGCUAACUUCUCGGCUACCAUUGUGAUCCAGAUCCGAGACCGGGUGUUCAUGCUGAGGGCCUCUGUCGUACAGGGUGAAGUUCCUCUCCUCAUGAGCCGGGGCGCUUUGAGCAAGCUUGGAAUGGUGUACGACCUUGAAGGGCAUUCAGCACAGUUCAAGCACCUAGGAAUCGAGAGAUUCAGUUUGAUGACCACAGACAGUGGUCAUCCGGCCAUCCCAGUGACGCCGAAACGUGUGCCGGGAAUGAGGUGGCCUUCGCCCCAAGAGUGGGCGAACUCUGAGGUGAUUAUCGUCCCUUCUGCUACGUCGCAAUAUGUUGCUUUCAUGACCAGCACUUCUGAUGCUAGGGAUGUUCAUGCCAGCAGCGCACCACUAGAUCCCAAGGAGAACAAGACCCCAAGCGCCGACCACCCUCCAGGACAAAACAUCUUUUACCCGACGAAGAUCAACGCAUGCGUGCGGAACCUCCUCAGUGCAGAAUCUUUCAAUCUUCAACAUUUCGCAGCCUGGUGGUCUAAGCGUGGUUUGUUCGACCCCUCCAGAUGGGAGACUUCUCAGACUGAAGUCAAGGACAAGUUGCUCGGCAGCGUUGGUCUGGUACACCAGCGUGAUGCGCAACAGCCUGUGCUCUGGGUCGGUCGCACAGUGUUCUCUCGAGCUAUGGCCACCUCCGAACCACCCGCCAACAUUUGGCGCAUGAACAAGACACAGUUGUUGUCGGAGGCGGUGCGGCUGAACCUGACGGUGCACACCUCGUGGUCGGUGGGCGAGAUUCGACAGAUCAUCAGCGACCACCGGAGGACAUCCGAGCAGGAGUCGAGUGUCCCAAAAGGGUUAGCUUCGAUGACUCUCGAGCAGUUGAAGACCCAAGCGUCAGAGCUCCAGAUUCCGAUCCCGCCGAGAGCCACCAAGGGGCAGCUGCAGCUGUUGAUCCGAGAUGCUUCGACCCGCGAGAAGGCAGAGGCCAUCGUGACUUUCGGUCGCCACAAGAACAAACUCUACAAGGAGGUGCCGACUCAGUACCUGGAAUGGGCGAUGCUGGAAGUCCGCGAGCGCGGUGUGGAAUCCUCGGGACCAGAUCUGGUGAGCUUGGCGAACUAUGCGAAGGCAAAGCUUCGCCCAGAGGAGGUAGAGAGCUACAAUCCGGAGAUCAACCCUCGAGUUCCCCUUCCGGUCGAGAGCUCAGCGAGCUCAUGCUGGGAGACUCACUGGUCAGAGCUAACGGAGACGGCGCUUCAGAUGAACACCAGGGUGGGUUACCCGGCGAAGGAGGCCGAGACACAUGCUCAGCAGCGCACCCCAACUCCCAAGAAGCGAAGCACGGCAUCGGGAUCACAGGCGGGGGAGAAGAAGCCCAUGGACCAGGAGGUGCCUCAGGAAGUCCGCGAGGAGAUCGAGACUCUCAUGUCACGGCUUGCGGCUUUGAAGGACCGGCACGGCUUGUGA